CUCAUAGCUUCGCAUAUCGCUCGCUUUGCAACUAGGGUUAGGGUUUUCUUUGUGGCGUUGUGCUCCAUUUGUCUCUUGCCCCUCCUGCUUUCGUUGCAGAGCAACAAUGGCGGACUCCAAAGCUGUGACCAUAAGAACAAGGAAAUUCAUGACCAAUAGGCUUCUUUCAAGGAAGCAAUUCGUCAUUGAUGUUCUCCACCCUGGAAGGCCCAAUGUCUCGAAGGCUGAGUUGAAAGAAAAGCUUGGAAAAAUGUACGAAGUGAGGGAUUCCAACACGAUUUUUGUGUUCAAGUUUAGAACACAUUUUGGUGGGGGCAAAUCCACUGGUUUCGGUCUUAUUUAUGACACAGUAGAUAAUGCAAAGAAGUAUGAGCCCAAGUACAGGCUCAUCAGGAAUGGGCUCGCCACCAAGGUAGAGAAGUCGAGAAAGCAGAUGAAGGAGAGAAAGAACAGAGCCAAGAAAAUCCGUGGUGUUAAGAAGACCAAAGCUGGAGAUGCAGCCAAGGCUGGGAAGAAGAAGUGAUAUGGAUCUUCUGUUGCCUGUUCUCUCACUGCCUUUGGACUUUGUAUUUCCUUUCGUCUUUUUCUUUUGUGGAAUUUUGCAGUGAUAUUCUAUUUUCUCUUAUUCUACAAAGCAAUUUUGCCAAACUGGAAAUGUCGAGUAGUUGUAGUGGUAGUGCGAGGACUAUUUUCUAUUUGUUUGGUUUCUGAAGUAAACUGAAACAGUAGCCCUCCAUGUGGGUUCCUGGGGAUUUAGCUGUUGAAAGUUCCAAAAUAGAGAUUUAAUUUUUCUUUUGGUCUUGA